GGGGCGGGGCCAAACCCGGAAGAGGUAGCACCAGAUCCACAUUUAGGAAAAAGGGGGGGGUGGAGGGGGGGAAGACUUUAAAGGGAGAAUCCAGAGGCGGAGCCGCAGCAGCAGCAACAUCACUGGAAUUAAUUCAGGAACCUUCUGGGCCCUGGGGAGCGGAGUCUAAAAGAACAGCCUAAUUUCUUAAGAGGAGGGGUCCCAGGGCUUGGUGCCCCCCUUCCCUCCCCAUCCAGCAUGUUCUGAUCUUACUGUUUUUCUCAUGAAGCCAAAGCCGCUUUCCGAAAACCGCAAUGCACCAGCGUACCAUCUUCCACCCGGUCCUUUUCGCCUGCGUAAAAAGCUUUUGACUUCCGGAUUAAAAUGACUACCACGCUUUAAUUAUUUUUAAAUCCACUUCUUCGUUGCGGAAAGAACUCCGGUUACGUUACUGUGCUUUUGCCGCGGUGCCCAAAACCGGACGCUCGCCGCUUGGGUUGAAACUCCCCCCUCCCCAAACGUAUUGACUUACUUUCCUUGGAUCUUGAACCAACCGCCAUCAUGUCAGCGAGUCCUGGACCAUUCUUGGCUUGGGUCCAAGAAGUCGCCUCCUUGCUAAUGUUGCGAGUACGGCGCACGGUCCUCCAGACGGCCAUUUUGUUCUGCGUGUUGUUGCUGCUCCUCUGGGUCUCAAUUUUCCUGUACGGCAGCUUCUAUUACUCCUACAUGCCGACGGUCAGCUACGUCAGCCCCGUGCACUACCAGUUCAGGACAGAUUGUGGCCAGCCGGGACCUGAACUCUGCUCCUUUCCUGUUGCCAACAUUUCGUUCAUCAAGGACAGCCGAGACCAGGUUCUCAUGUACGGCCAACCUUACCGAAUGUCCUUGGAGUUGGAAUUACCUGAAUCACCCGUCAAUCAAAAUCUGGGCAUGUUUAUGGUAGUAAUCUCUUGUUACACCAAAGGCGGACGCAUCAUUUCUUCCUCCGCUCGGGCUGCCAUGUUGCAUUAUCGGUCGGGAUUAUUACAGAUGCUCGACACCUUCGCUUUCGCCGGCCUCUUCCUCGCGGGGUUUACAGAACAGAAACAAACGGUGGACGUUGAGCUGUAUUCCGAUUACAAAGAAGAUUCGUAUAUCCCCACCAUUGGGGCAGUGAUUGAAAUCCAGACGACUAGAAUCCAGAUUUAUGGGGCGCACCUGAGAAUUCACGCGCAUUUCACUGGUCUGCGGUAUCUUCUGUACAACUUCCCUGUGACUUCGGCCGUCUUGGGAGUUGUCAGCAACUUCAUGUUCCUCAGCGUCAUCGUGCUUUUCAGCUACCUGCAGUGGAUCUGGGGCAGUUUGUGGCCUAAAGAAACGCUCUCUGUACAGAUCCCGGGCCGGGACAAAUCCGGACCAGUGCAAAACUUGGAUGAUUCACGUCGACAAGUUGUGUUUCCUAAAGAAGGAGGCGACGUAGAAGAAGACACUUCUCUGCUGCAGCCAGAAGAUGUCGGAGUUGCCGAAGGAGAAAAAUUGUCCAAAGCUGGUUCUACGACGGAGGUGAAGAAAAGCAGUCUUGAAAAAUCCGAUUUUGGAACGGAAUCCAGCGCGACCGCCAGCUCAAAUGAAGAGGCCGAAUACGAUGCUCCGGACGAGACACCCCUGCUUACCGAGGUCAACCUUCCUGCCCCUUCCUCAGAGGGGAACAGCUCAGAUCUGCUGCCUCCCUUGUCCCGGACACUGACGGUCGGCUCGGAAGUCCGCCAGAGAAGUAGCUGUUCCAGUUCCUGAUCAGGCAUGGGUUCGAGUCCUGCCAGGAAGCUCCACGUUACACUCCCGGUAGCCCACCCACAGGCCUUGCUCUCCCGAGGGCUUGUAUUUUACUCCUUGCUUAUGUUUACAUUCCAAUCCCUUCUCCUCACACACGAAACACUGUAAGUUAAAUAAAAGUUGAACGGCGA